GCCUUAUGUACUUAAACGGCAAUAAAAUAUAUACAAUAGUCUAUGACAUAUAAAAAUAUCAAGUAAAUUUGUUGAAAAUACGAUUUUUUGUUGUCAAAUAUUUCUUAAUGAAUUCUUAUUUAGAUAUGUAGCAGUUUGUUGUCCAUUGCGAACAUGUCAAUAUUCUGCUCGUAUUCGUUUUAUUAUCAUACUAUGUUGGUUAAGCUCAUGUAUAGUUGCUAUACCACAAUUGUUUAUAUUUCAACAAAGUCUUUUUAACGGAAGUUUAACAAAAUAUCGUUGUGCAAGCAAUGGUUAUACAGCUGAAUGGCAACGUCGUGUUUAUUUUACAACAUUUGCAACAUAUGUUCUUGUUUUACCUGCUCUUUGUAUGACUAUAUGGUAUAUACAAAUCAUACGUAUUGUUAAUAAAUCAAAAAAAAUCUGGACACAAAAUACAUAUGGUCAAACAACAGUAUUAUCAUCAACACUUUUAACAUCUCCAACAAAAGUUAAAACAGUUAAAUUAGCUAUGACUAUUAUUAUUGUAUUUGUUGUGUGUUGGACACCCUAUAUGGUUAUUACAUUAAUUGAAAUUUAUUCUAAUCAUCAUUUUCGUAAGCCAUCAUGGCUCGAUGGAGUUUUACAAACAAUAUGUUUUCUUCAAAGUGGUCUUAAUCCGUUUAUUUAUAUGGCAUUUAAUCAAGGACGUAAAUAUUCUCCAGCAAUUAUUCGUGCUGCUGCAUCAACACUUUCACAAACAUCUGAUCGAAAAAAUCCGAGGCAGCAACGUGGACGACAUGGUUCAAAAUUGUUUUAUUGA